AUGAAUGCUAUGAAUGCCAUGGGGAUGGGAGUGAACCCAGCGGCUGCGGGCCUGUUGGCCGGAGGCUUGGUGCCCCCACCCCUGGUGCGUCCCAUUGUAAUUCCUGGAGGUGCAGGGUUCAUUGGACAGCCCCAGUUUCCUCAGUUCGUGCCCGCUGUCCCGGCCUUCGGUGUCCCACGGGCCCCCAUGCCAAACAUGUUCCCUGCCCCUGCUGUCAAUCAGUUUCCUUACAUGGGGGUUGCUCAGAUGGGACCAGUCAACCCUGCACAGCCUCUUCCACAGCAACAAGUCAUGGGCGGUUUCCCAAUGGCCAAUAUGCAGCAGCAACAACAACAGCCGUUCCCAGUUCAGCCUGAUACACUCCAACGCUUCAGGCGACAGGUGAUGGUCCCAGACAAUACAGCCACCACUGUGGACACUCAGAUUUUGAGGCUGAAUGGCCUGAAUGGCCUCACUGGCCUGACUGGGUUCACUGGGCUGACUGGACUGAAUGGACUAACACUCGCCACUCUGGGCCAAGCGCAGGGCUCUUCACUGCUGCCUCCAUUUGUGCUGCAGCAGCAGCCCGAUGUGCUGCUCACGCCUCAGAUGGUAAACUUCAACCCGCAGAUGGCCGGACCCUUCGGGCCCCAGGGGCCUCAGAUGAUGUUCCCCUCUCAGGGAAACCAGCUCACCCCUGUCAUCCUCCCCACGGGACAAGAGCAGCCUGGAGCACAGGACCCUAAUGCUCCCACUGUCCCACAGCAGGCACAGAACCCUGUCCAGAUGUAUCCCCAGUUCCAGUAUCCCGCCUUUGGCUACCCACAACUCAACAGACAGCAGCCGGGCUACCCCUACUUUUUCCCUCGGUAUGGCUUCCCUCAGCAGAGGAACAGCGCGGCCCUCCAGCCCGUCAGUGGGACGGGACAGCAGCAGCUGCCCACCUCCACCCUGGACCGCAGCACACAGAGGCCACAGCUGCCCCUGCAGCAAGGAUCUCAACCAAAAAUACCUGAUUCUACAUGGCCACUGGGGCCAAACAAAGAGUCCACCACAAUUACCCCGGAGCUGCGUGGUGACGCCUCUGGCCCUGGUGUUGAUGAGGGUCAUUCAAACUUCCCCUUCCUUUUUGAGCCUUGA